AUGGAUCUGACUGUAAACUUGACCUCCUUUUCCCUCUCCACUCCCUCCUCUUUGGAACCCAACCGCAGCCUGGGCACGGAAGACCUGCGCCCUAGUCGGCCCUUUCUGUCAAUUUUCCGAGUGCUGGUCCUGACCUUGCUGGGCUUCCUAGCCGCGGCCACGUUCGCUUGGAACCUGCUGGUGCUGGCCACCAUCCUCAGGGUACGCACCUUCCACCGCGUGCCACACAACCUGGUGGCGUCUAUGGCCAUCUCGGAUGUGCUGGUGGCUGCGCUGGUCAUGCCACUGAGCCUGGUGCACGAACUGUCCGGACGCCGCUGGCGGCUGGGCCGGCGCCUGUGCCAGCUGUGGAUCGCGUGUGACGUGCUCUGCUGCACAGCCAGCAUCUGGAAUGUGACAGCCAUAGCCCUGGAUCGCUACUGGUCUAUCACACGCCACCUGGAGUACACACUCCGUGCCCGCAAGCGUGUCUCCAACGUGAUGAUCGCGCUCACCUGGGCACUCUCUGCUGUCAUCUCUCUGGCCCCGCUGCUCUUCGGCUGGGGAGAGACGUACUCUGAACUCAGCGAGGUGUGCCAGGUCAGUCGCGAGCCUUCCUACACCGUGUUCUCUACGGUGGGCGCCUUCUACCUGCCGCUGUGCGUGGUGCUCUUCGUGUACUGGAAGAUUUACAAGGCUGCAAAAUUCCGCGUGGGUUCUAGGAAGACCAACAGCGUCUCCCCCGUUCCCGAAGCUGUGGAGGUGAAGAAUGCUACACAAGAGCCCCAGAUGGUGUUCACUGUCCGCCAUGCCACCGUUACCUUCCAGACUGAAGGGGAUACGUGGCGGGAGCAGAAGGAGCAGCGUGCAGCCCUCAUGGUGGGCAUCCUUAUCGGGGUGUUUGUCCUCUGCUGGUUUCCUUUCUUUGUCACAGAGCUCAUCAGUCCCCUGUGCUCCUGGGACAUCCCUGCCAUCUGGAAGAGCAUCUUCCUGUGGCUGGGAUAUUCCAACUCCUUCUUCAACCCUCUCAUCUACACAGCUUUCAACAGGAGCUACAGCAGUGCUUUCAAGGUCUUCUUCUCGAAGCAACAGUGA